AUGUUAUUGAAUAACAUGUGCGAGAGCUUCAAUAAUGUACUGAAGCAAGCAAGAGACAAGCCCAUUUUGACACAGAUGGAGUGGAUGAGAAGGUACGUUAUGCAAAGAAACUGCCAGAAACGGGAAGUGGUGCAUUCUGUACCCGGUAGAUUCAUGCCUUAUGUGAAGAAGCAGUUUGAUUGGGCUGGAAAGAUUAGAAAGUUUAACAAUCUGACUAGGAGCAGUGAGCAUUUUUUUGAAGUAGAGAAUAACAGUGAGAGGUUUUUGGUAAAUCUGGAGGAUAAGAAAUGCACCUGUUUUAGUUGGGAAUUGACUGGUAUUCCUUGCCAUCAUGCGUACGCUUGUAUUUUAUACAUGAGAGCUGAUCCAGAGGAUUAUGUUCAUGAUUUUUACUCUAAGAAAAGGUAUAUGGAUGCAUAUGAGCCCGUGUUGCUUCCCAUGCCAGGACCUAAAGAAUGGGAGAAAACUCCAUUCCCAGAGCCAGUUCCAGCCCCUUUUAGAAAGAUGUCGGGGAGACCUUCUAAGAGAAAGAGGACAAAAGAGCUAGGAGAGGAAGCUGAGAAGGUUGCUGAAGUUGUUGAGGCAGUCAUAAGGCUUGGUGGAAAGGCCAAUAGAUGUUCAAACUGCAGGCAGUACGCCCACAAUAAAGGAGUUGCAAGAAUCCCACUAUCCCAUCUUCUUCAGCUCAUCAUUCUCCUUGCACGGCUCCUUCUUCUGAUCCAGCAACCCCACAAUUAUGUCCCUUUUCCAUUUCCUCAUCAUACUAUACAAAGUAUAUGCAUCCCCUCCUAUUGGUAUCAACAUCGUAAUCGGGACACGCAAUAA